CACUUUUAUGAAGCAAUUGGAAUGCUUGUAUUAAUGAUCACUGAAAUAAAGAGAUUAUAGCUACAUGCGAGGAAAAACUAAUGAGUUUGGGAAGAGGAGUGGUUUCAAAACAAAAUCAUGUUUUGCCAAAUUAUUGGAGUUCUUUGAAUUAGUAACAGGCACUGUGGAUUAAAGCAAGCCCGAGGAUUGAUUCUAUUUGGAUUUCCAGAAGGUAUUUGAUAAAAUGGUGCCACAUUGAAGGUCACAUGGAACACAAAAGUGGUGGGGAGAAAAAAGGGAAUGAUUCAACCUUUUGGUAAGAAGUGCUGUGUCAGUGCCUUGGUUGUGGCAUUUGCAGAUUGCUUCUGAAGUACAUUACCCACUUCUCCCAUGUAAGGGCCUGGUGAUAUUGUGUGAUGCUUAUGGCCCUAAGAAACAAAUUGGAGGACAUUUUUUAAUAACUAGCACUUUUAUUUCUAAAUGUUUCUUUGCCCUUUUGAAUAUUGCUGAUUUAUUUUUUAAUAGCUAAAGCAUUUCCAAUUUAUUGGAGAGCCAUAUCUUUUAUACCAAAGUGCAUGCUUUUGUUGUGCCUAGUAAUUUCUAACUUGAAAAGCUGUAUAGCAAGUGAGUCAGAGAGCAGCCAUUGAUUACGUCAAAAUCUGUUAUUGUAGUCCAUUUCCUUCAUUGCAAAGUCACUUGUUGCAUUUGAAGCAAACUAUACAGUGCAUAGCAAGAAGGUCUAGAUAGCUCCAUUGUACCACACCGGCAAGGAGACAGUGCACAUGAUGUCGAGUCCUAGUAUCCACCCUCACAGCACUUUGAAAAUGGAUAUAGAAGACUGCAAUGGUCGUGGUUACAUUUCAGGGAGUGGUGACUCUUCAAUGGACAAAGAGUUCUCUGGGGCAAUGGUGGGCCCCACUGUGAGCACACCAAACAGCCAGCACUCUUCACCCAGCCGUUCUUUGAGUGCCAACUCCAUCAAGGUUGAGAUGUACAGCGAUCAAGAGGCAGGGAGGCUUCUGACACAGGAGGAUGGCGCUAGUGAUAAAGAUGAAGCAGUCAUUGUGGAUGUGUCUUUUUCGGACCCGCUAGGAUUCUUUGAGGGCACGGGGCAGGGACCUCAUUCUCCUGGAGGGAUUCGCCUUCCUAAUGGAAAACUGAAGUGUGAUCUAUGCGGAAUGGUCUGCAUCGGACCGAAUGUUCUUAUGGUACAUAAGAGGAGCCAUACUGGUGAACGCCCUUUUCAUUGUAACCAGUGUGGCGCCUCAUUCACACAGAAAGGAAAUCUCCUGCGGCACAUCAAAUUACACUCUGGGGAGAAGCCUUUUAAAUGUCCAUUCUGCAAUUAUGCCUGUCGAAGAAGGGAUGCACUCAGCGGACAUCUCCGAACGCAUGCAGUCUCCUCUCCCACGGUCGGCAAGCCUUACAAAUGUAAUUACUGUGGUCGGAGUUACAAGCAGCAGAGUUCACUGGAGGAGCACAAGGAGCGCUGUCACAACUACCUACAGAGUCUGAAUGCUGAGCCACCACAGCCAUCUACUCAGCAAGCAGGGGAGGAGAACCGUGACAUGGAUGUGAUGCCUGACCAUAUCCUUCAGCCAGCCCCUGACAGGCCUUCUUUUAUAGAUAGGCUUGCUAACACCAUUGCAAAACGAAAAAGAUCUACUCCGCAGAAAUUUGUGGGUGAUAAACACAUACGCCUCAACCUAACUGAUGUUCACUUUGAGGUGAACUCCAAUUUUGAGAAGGAUGUAGAGAUGAUGGCUCCUCACCCCAUGGACCAGAAUUUGGGCAGUGCACUGUCCUAUCUAGGAACAGAAGCAAUGAGGCCUCCGAGGCUCCCCAUGACGAGUUGCACACCGGAGAUCACACCAGUGAUCAGUGCUGUCUACUCCCAUGUACAUCCCAUCCACAGCCGAGCUGAGGCACAGGGAAGUAGAGAGGCAGCAGAAGGCCACGAAGAUAUGCCAGAACAUCUGAAUUCUAGAGCAAAAAACCAACUGGUAGAGCUUGGAGUGUCUCCAAGCAAUGGCUGCCAUGAUUCCACAGAUACAGAAAGCAGCCAUGAAGACAGGAAUGCCCAAACUUUCCCCAGUAACUAUGCCAUAAGGCAAAGCCCGGCCUAUUCCAAAGAGGACCCAAAGGCACAGGAGCCCCCAUCAUCUGCCAAAGCAGCUCAAAGCUCAGCCAAAGAGGUCCUAAGAGUCUUAAAUGAAGAUGGAGAACAAGUUAAGGCUUAUAAGUGUAACCACUGCCGGGUUCUCUUUCUUGACCACGUAAUGUUUACCAUUCACAUGGGUUGCCAUGGAUUCAGAGACCCUUUUGAAUGCAACAUCUGCGGCCAUCACAGCCAGGAUCGGUACGAAUUCUCCUCACACAUUGUCAGAGGAGAGCACAAAGUGAGUUAGAGAGGGCCAUAUGGACUACAGUUUUCUAUGCCCCUUGCUCUGGCUUCAUCUAAAGAAGGAGGUGUUCUUACUAGGGUUGGACAAGGUAAUUGUUUUCAGGGAUUAAUCUACAGAAUAAACUGGGGUUAAAUUUGGCUCUGUUUUUAAAAUUAAAACUAAAUAUUCCCCAUCUGGAAUUUUUUUGUUGCAUCUUUUGACCCAAAGAUGCUAACCUUAAAUUUAUUUAGUUGAGCUCUGGUGGAAAGGAGCAAUGAAUAUUUCUAGGAACCCAAUUUUACAGUUGAUGCCAGUUAAUGAAGAUUUGGAUUAAGGUACUUUUUUUUUUGAAGCACUGAUUAUUUUAUGUACAUAAGGCAGUAUAGGUAGGCUUUGCUUUGUAGGGAUGAAUUAAAAAUAUGAUUUUAUUCCUAACAAAGCACUCAAUUUAAUGGACUUCAACUGGUUUUGCACCAUCCAGAGAGUAGAGACAUCAGCUGUUCUUAAACCCUGAAGAUCAUGUGUAACUUUAGAAGAGCAGCAUUAGGUGGAAACCAUUUACUGAUCCCCUUUAGCACUGUAUGAAUUCUGAACUUAGAAAAAUAAAAUUAAUUUGACCAAAUUAUCUGAAUCAAAGAGAACUACCUACGUUUAUGUCUUAGCCACAUUUGUCUUUGAAAUAUGAAAUUUUACAGGUGCCCAUUUUUAAUAUUUGUGAGUUUAGGAGUUUGAACAUCUUUGAAAUUUUGACACUUUUAACUAAAGAUAUGACUUGCCUGUUUUUGUUUCCAAGUCCUGGUUCAAAACCUGUGGAUUAAUCCCAGAGUAUUGUAACUUGAUUACCCAGUUAUGUAAUUUAAGAUGUUCAGCCAGAUUCUGUGAUAGUAUUGGGGGUGGGGGAGGGAUUUAUUGUCAAAAUUAACCUUUUUAAAAAGAACAAAAGUUUUUAACUGCUUCAAUUUGAAGAUUCCCAAUGAUGUAGUAGUUUAUGUGCCUCCUUUGUCACUGUGGUUACAAAUUCAAACCCUGUCAAUAGUUCAUCUUCACUUGCCUCCUGUACAUGUGGUGAGCUUUGUAAAAUCUCUGUUGAACCAGUGCACCGUCUUGCCCUGUGCAAAGUGAUCAGCCUGUCUGCUGAGCAACAGAAGUACCCUGACAAUACACAGUACAGGGUCAUUAAGCCAUGGGGGAUGAGUGGAAUUUCAGGAGCUAUUGUCAUUAAAUCAGACCAUUUAUAAAAUAGGUAAUCCAAACUACCUCGUUAUCGCUAUUGGAUAUUAUAACUACCAUGAUGCAACCGUGGAUUACAAGAGGCUUUGAAUUGGUGGCUAAUGGUCAUAGGUAAUUAACACCUUGCCUAUUCCCCUUCCCCUUCACCACCAAGAAAGCUGUUUUAUGUCAAUGUGUAGCCAACCAUUUAGACAAUGUAUACACAAUAAAAUGCACAGACUUGUUGGUGUAUGAUAGUUUCUAUUGCUCAGUUUCAUGGUUAAGAGCAUCAGUGCCCUGUUCUAAUAAAAUAUUGACUUGUGGUCUGGCGGUAUAGUUAAUAUAUGUACUGUCUAAAGUUUAAACCUUCCGCAAAGUCGAUAUUUCAAUUCAUUAACCACCAUGUGCAUAUUGAGUUCCUUUAGUUUUUGGCUGAGACACUGCAGUGCUUAACACUCUGAAGAGAGGUAGCCAUCUGUGUUCGUGCUCGCCAACACUGGAGCAGCAUUUGUAUUAGAAGCUGUGAAGAAAUGUGAGUGUUAUGUAGGAAUGUGCAGUUUUAAAACUUUAAUCAUAUUAUAUAAAUAUUUUAGUUCUGACCAAAUAUGGUUGCAGGAAGAAGGUUAAUAUAUUUUAAACAAUUAAUGUGUUAUCUAUUAAAAAGACUUUCCCAAAUGUUGAGGUUUUUAAAUAUUGUCAGCAUUCAUAUUUAUAAUUUUAAAAUUCUAUAGUAUAAAAAUUCAUAUGCUUCACACACCUGUGUUGUCAGCUCCAAUUCCAGACCUGGGCCACUUCAGCCACAUUCACAGUGAAUAGUAACAAGUUCAAUGUUGCUUCCUGGAUGGAACAUCUAUAGGAGUUGGAUAUUGGCUACUGCGAUCCAAUGAGGCACUGGAAAGCUUUUCUUUAGGGAUGUGGGUAAGAGAGCGGAAGAAAAGCAAGAGGAAAGAUUACAAUCCCUCUCCCUUCUAAUAAAGAAUAUUGUAUGAAUGCACACAGCCAUGAUUGCAUAUCUUUACUAGGUUAAUCAACUGCUGUUCCAAAAAGGACAUUUUUUUUCAGUUAAUAGGUUUUUAUAAAGAGGGAAACUAUGACAUUGUCAGUUUCCAAGUCACUGAUGCAAACUCUACAUUGAGUUUUCAAGGUGAUUACUGGGUCAUAGUUUUCUUUUGUCCAACCCUAGUUCUUAACCACUUUCCUUUUUCUGGUUUUCCGUGAUUAAUUUGUUUUGAACUGACACUUCUAAGAAUUUUUCUUUGAAUUUGUAGAUUUAAAUUGUCUUUGCACAUUGAAUUUCAACACGUAAAUGUGUUGCACACUGCUAGGGCAGCACAAGUUAGCUUCCAAUGUCUUAUGUAGACUCUACAUGUAACUUCAAUGCCUUCCUUCAUUUUUUCAUCCGUUAUUUUGAGCACACUUGUAAGAUAUAAGUUUAAUCUGUGCAAAGUACAAUUAUUUAAAUCUACUUUAAAAGGUCCUGCUAUAUUAGUAGAAAUUUCUAUGUCUGAGCUCAAUACAAUCUUGUAUUUCUAGUCCCUGAAGGAAUGGGACAGUCCCUGUAACACAGCUAGUCCACUAAGCUGUCGGGACAGAGAAACUUGGAAACAAAUUUUAUCUGCCCUGUCAAAGUUGAAUUAGAUGCAAAGGGACAAAGUUUUAAAUUUGGUUGUUGUUUCUGAGCCAGCUUUUAAAUAAAAUUAUAAAUAAAAAGUGGCUCCUUAUGGAAAUUAAGAUGAGAAGUUGCUUUCAACCAUAACAAGGAAAUCCUAAGCAAUGGUGGUGGAUCAUUGUUCAUUGUAGGAGAUUUGUGCUAAAGACUUCAAGUUUAUCUGUCCAACAUGCUUUUUGCGCCUUUUUUAACGCUUGCACAUGUCGCUUAAUGGUACCAUUUUUGGCAAAUUAAGUGCGCUAAGUUUGCAAUCCAACUGCAAAAGGCCACAAAGGUUGAGCAUUUGUGAAUUGAGAAUAUCACCCUAGUGCAGUAAAAUUGAUUAAAGGUUUUGACUCUGGUAAUGGAGCUCUGCUUGUACCUGACCUUAAAAGGCAUCUCCUUUCAAAAAUAGUUAUUCACUGUGGUGUUGAGCAGAUCUGCCUGAAGGAAGAAAAUCUGCACCAACCAGCAUUCCAGUAAGUUUCUGAAUCAGGUAAUGUACACUUAGAACCAGAUUACAUUUUGCUUUUAUUUGCUAUUAAUAAGGGGUCUUCAUGGCAACAUUUGGUCAGCCAUUAAAAUGGCACCCAUUGUCUGAUCACAAACUAUGUCAAGGAAACUUGCUUUCAAGUUUAAAUCUCAGUUCACCUGUUUUAAUCUUGAGGCACUUUCAAAAUAAUUAGAAAUAAAUAGCCUUCCAUCCCUUUAAUUUAUGGGGAAAGCAUUGUAGGUUGUUUUUAUAUUUGUCAUCUUUAAACAUAUUAUUCAGUGCCAGGUGGGGAUUGACUUAGAAUCACAAACUGUUCUGUCUGGAGCCAAUGAGCAGAUAUGAUGCUAUUCUCCUUAAAGGGAGUUGCUUUUUUUUCAAAAACAUCGAUUCUGGAAUAGUGCCUUGCAGGUUUAAACUGCAGCACCAUUUCAUUUUUUUUGCUGUGUUGAAAACAUUCAAAGCUGCGCAAAAUAUUUUGAAUAAUAUAGUCCCCUAAUCAAAUUAGUGAUAAAUUUUGGGUGCAGUGUAGUCCAUUAUGAAUUCAUCUUCAGUAGGGAAAAUAACUUCAUCUUUUUGACCUUAUGACAUUCUAGCAGUUUGCUUGCUACCAUCUAAAUAAAUUCUAGCUAUCUUACUUUGUGCUGUAAACAGAGUACAUGCCAAGGAAUCUCAAGAUGCAAAUCACCACCACAUUCUCUAACCCACAGAAAUGGGGGGGAAGAAAAUCUUGAUUGGUUUUAUUAUUUUGGGAAAUUCUAGGUAGAGGAUUUAUUGAAUUAGUGCAUAUGACUUGAUGUGUGACUUGAAUGUUGCUAUGCCCAUAAUGGUAGUGGGGUUAUUGUGACCUGUCCUAAUGCUUGCAUGGACUUUCUGAGCCACUUUGCAAGAAUAUGAAUGGAGAUCAUUCGUAAUGCAACCCCAUUAUGUUUUUUUUUUGUGGAAGUAAACAAGAUUAUAUGAGACUAUCAAAAACAUACAGAAAACGAAAUGUUCUCUGCAGUGACUUGAGAUUUUCUUUGGCUGAAACUUUGGAAAAUAUAAAGCUACCAGCUCAGCAACUUUGGGUUUGGGCAUUAAUUGGGUUGAUGAUUUGAUGAUAGACUUAAGUCUGCACUGGUAAAACUUUCAAUAGAAUCAAAUGUGCCAAUGCGUUUUGCACAGGUGGAUUUCCACAGCAUGUCUUUGCUAAAUUUUCAUUACAUAUGUUUUUAACAUUUCUUGAAGGAGCUCCUCCAUAUAUUGAUAUUUUGAUUCCCACCAGCUACGUGCAAGUUUAAUUUUUCUGCAAAUUCAUGUGGUUUUGUGCUGUUGGUUUCCUCAGUUAUCAGUCCACUAGUUAAUCAUUGUAAUUUUAAGACUAUUCUAGUUUGAGCAAUUGUCCUAAAGUUAUGAAUAUUAUAAUUUUAAAGUACCAGGGAGUAGUAUCUCUGUCACCCAUUCAAAUACUGGUUGAUGAGAAGUUAACUCUGAUGAAGUCUGGACUAAAAGUUUCAGGUGGCUAAAAGAAUUUAACAUUGGUGUUCCUCAAUUGUUAAAGUCCUUCAUAAAUAAUUUGAGAACAUUUGAGAUAAUCCAUUGUGGUUGUAAAGUUCUUUCCUUGGAUGAUUUUUUGAGAACUGCUAUCAAUUUGUUCAUUAUCCCUCCCCUUUCCCUUGAAAAAGCUCAUAGAUAUGCUGUGACCUCUGUAUUGUACAGUAAUAGGUACUAGUGAGUGAAUUGCAAAACAAUAACAAGUAUUCAGAUAACAGCAUAUGCUACCAGAAUGAAGCCUGAAUUGUUUAUCAUUGUUUUCUGAACUCAGCAGAGUUAUUGCUUUUGAUUCCCUCUUCUGUAUUAAAGUUGCUGUAUUAUAUGUAGUGUUUGUCAUUCCUUCAUGUUUUUUGUGAUUUUUGCUUUUACUCUGAUCUUUCAAAUGUGGAAAUUUUGAAGUGGCAAAAGUCUUUAAUGGCAAUGUGGAAAUAAAUGUAAAACAUGACAGGUCUUGAGAUAUUUUGGUAUCUGAUUGCUGGAAGGUAGUGCACCCAAUAUAUAUUCCACAUUAGAGAACUCGAGUUUACUUUCCGACCUUCCCCUGUGCACAUCUAUGUACAAUUUCCAAAGAGCAUUAUACAAUACGCUGAGCAAGGCACCAAAAAAUAAAGUUUAAUUCGAAAAUCCUCAGGUAUUAAAGUCCCUUAUCCUGUGGUGGUUUUGAGGUUAUUAAAUUGCUGUUGGAACAAACCAUGGCAUUGUCAAUAAUGACGUUAUUGAUUUAUCUUAAACCCCUCAAUACACAGCUUAUAUGGUCAAUUUUCUAUUAACACUUCUCAACCAAACUCUUCACAUGCAUCCUUUUGGGGAGGCACAGUUUAGACUGAAACUAUUCUGAUGCAAAUGCAGUUCUUGUACUACUGAUCUAGAGAGAGAGUAAUAUUCCCAUGUGAGUUUGUGGAACAGUACCUGACCCUCUGGCACAAAAAAAGUGGGAUUGUGUCUUGUAAGGGGAAGAAUUCUGGAGGGAACAAACAUUUAAGUUAUGAAAUUUGUAAAUUAAGCCACAGUUCAACUACUUAUGUAUGGUUAUCACAGUUAAUAUUUUCUCAUAUUCAACAACCACCAAAGCUUACCAGUGAUUUUGUAAAAUUGUCAGUUCCUCUAGGAAGCAAAUGGAUUUUACAGCAACAGCAAAAUAGUUUUUCUUUGAAAUGCUUAGAGAGUUUUGCAUUUAUGCUUUUUGCCUUUUCGUCCAAAAAUUGGUAUGAGAUAUUGAUUGCUCUUCAGCGCCUUGCUUUGUAAGUGAAGUAACUUGCUUGUAAUCUUGAAGGAUCACCCACUUUAAGCACUUCAGGCAAAUGUCUACUGAUGAGGGGAACUGCUGGAGGAUGUUUAUAUUUAUUUUUAUUUGAAUUAUGCCCUGUUUUAUCUGGAAUGAAGGGAUGGGAGUGAAACUGGUUUGAAGAUAUUGCAUUGAAUCUGAGUUGAAUUGCAUUAAUAUGCUAUUUAUCCUUUGCCAUAGACCUGCACUUAAGUUGGAUCAAAUUAUAGGUCUUAAAGUAUGCAUUAUUGGAGCCAAAGGUCAUUCAGCCCAUCAAACUUGUUCCACCAUUCAAUGUGAUCUCAACACCAUCCUCCCACUUUAUCCCUAGAUCCCUUGACAUCUUGAGUUUCGAGAAACCUAUCUAUAUCUUUCCUAAUUCAUGCAUUUUUUUGUGUGAAGAGCCUUAGUUAUUUCUAGGGUCAGUAAUUAAAUUGAGAAUUUUUAACCUUAAAUUAUUUUUCAGGAAAAUUAAUUUGAUCCACUUUGGAAAUUUGUUUUGGUUUAAAACUGUAAAUCCAGAAACGUUUUUUUACGCAUGACAAUAUUAGUUUAAACCAAGAGACCUUUUUAACCUUCCUUCCACACAUCUGCAUUCUUCAGUUUUACUUUGCUGGGGUAAAAAUGUAAACACUUGGGUACAUUUGUUAGGAGGGGUGAGGGAACCCUCUUAAGAAUGCUCACUAUCACAAAAUCAAGCAGAGAAUAAUGUUUAAAAGGCACAUUGAGGAAAAUGCAAGGGAGGAAUUGUUUGAGUCUUGUUUGUAAAUUUUGCUGUAGUACCUGAUAGUUAAUAAGUUAAUUGAAAUGAGAGCUAAAUUGCUGAUAAUGAAGUUCAUAGUUUUUCUUUUACCAUAACCUAGUGUUUUCGAACAUAAUUUAGAUGUAGCAGAAAACUUCAAGCCUGCUUGAAAUCAGUGAUGAGAGACUGUUUUAAUAACAAUUUGGCAGCCUACCUUUUUGUUAGUGUCACUUAGUGAUGACUCUAUUCUGUAUAUAUAAAAUUAUAUAAUAUCAACUGUAUAUUAUAUAAUUUAUGUACCUCUUUUUGGUCUGAUCUAAAUAUAUUGCACUUACCGUUUACAGGUAACGGGUGAAUUAUAUUUGGAUUGUGACUUUUUAAUGACAUAUAUUCUGAGGAUUUUUUUGCCUCCUAUACUUUUACUUUGAUCCAACCAAGGAAAAAACAUAUUAUAUUAGGUUAAAUGCUUUUAAAUGCAGUCACUGUGCAGAACAAAAGCAAAAAGGUUUUUCCUUUGUAGUAUUCUAAAUCUGGAAUGAAAUUACUCCCUUUAUUAAGCUUCCUGUUUUUCUAUCCACUGUAAGUAUGUAUUCAGUUUAUGAAUGAGCGCAAAAUAAGAAUACUGUAUUACUGUGAUGAUUGAUUGAGAAUAAAAUGCCCACUCUUAUGUGUAUGUUUGUUGCAGUAAAGAGAUUUAAAUAGUCAUCACUUUUAAUUUUGCUCUCAUUCUUGACUGUGAAUCAUAUAACUUUACAAAACACAACAAAACUGUGGUUCUACCUGUGUUACCUUGGGACACUGGUCUUUGUAUGAAAUAUAUAGUUUCGUACAAGAAGUGUUUGAUUUCUGAAGUAAUCAAGCUUUUGCAGUCACAUAAGCAAAAGCUAACAACUUGAACCUUUUUCAAACAGCUUUCCAAAGCACUUUGUCAAUAUUUAUAGCUGGUGCAGUGAUUAGUGGUUGUUUAGUUGAAUUAUUUAAGAACUUGAUAAUCGAUCAUUUCUGUUGUCAGUUGAUUGUUCAUUUAAUUUGUCAUUUUUCACAUAAAACACCAAAAACAAUUAAAUUUUAAUACUAAAUUUCCUUUCAUAAUAUUCUUCAUCUACAAUUAAUUAUGUUUUUAACUAUUGACUAUUAUUUUAAGAUAAAUUACAAAUUUUAAUUUUACACUAAAAAUAAUAUCUUUGAAUAAAUCCUAACAGAAACAACUUGUAUUUUAUAUAUCUUUAACAAAAGGAAUGUUCCAAAAGACUUUGUGAUUUGGUACAAGGAAAGUUAUGUUUGGCAAAGAGAGAUGACUGAAAGUCUUAUCAAAGAAGUGCAUCUUUUGAGUUUUCAACCUUUUCAAUAAUUGAAGUUGCAUUGUCCUCAAAAAAAAAAGAGAUUUGGAUAAAAUUUUAGUGCAGCACUUACUUAUUUCCAGUGGACAAGUCAAGUACUCAAACAGCUUAGAGAAUCGUCUUGGAAAGUAGCUGCAUCUGAGAAUAUCUGUCUAGUUUAAUGUGAGUAUUUCAGAUCAAUAAAAUGAGCUACUUUACAAUGACUGUGCUUGAUUUGUUUUCUUAAAAAAAAACUCCAUAGUUGUGCUGACCCCAGAAUAAUGUUCAACAUAUCUUGCAGUUAGGCUGGUACCACAUUUUGACUUUUACUUCUGAGAACUGGACUGAAAUCCAAACAUGGUCAUAUUCAUUCUUAACCAGCUGCAUUGUGCCCUACUUGAACCAUGUCUGGGUUGUCUCAGCCCAAAUGGUAAUGGGCAAAGGUUUGUAAUCUGAAAUUGUAUUUAUAACUGCGCAAAUCUCCACAAGUCCACAGGCUGAUGUGGAAAAUGAAAGUGCUUGCACUGGUGCAGCUUUGCUCUGGAUCUGACUGUUUUAAACCUCACCUGGGAGAGCUCAAUUUCACCUAGCCGGUGGACACAAUGCAAAAUAAUUAAUUUUCACAAAUCUUGACACACUUUACUUGGAGAGCGCAAAAUUAUUACCAAACAACUUUCUCAACAAAUUGUUUUUGUAAUUUGUGAAUCUUUAAAAUAAUUUGCAGCCAGUAGUCUCACAAAUAUCUGCACUUGGCGAUUAUCUGUUUUACUUGUGAAAUAUCAACUUCCUUUCACUGCUAUCCAUCAAAAUUACCAUCUGCAUGAUUGCACAUUAUUGGCAAUAUAAUGGAUUUUUUUCCAGUUAGUCAUUGUGUCACUUUCUGUCAGAACUCAUUUGAUCUUCUUGAUGCAUUUGAGACCACUGCAAUUAUAUGUCUGUGUUUCAAAUUUAAUUCUAUCAGCAUCAAGCACAUGCUGUACUAUGAGAGAAGUAGCCUUUCAAAAGGCACAUCACACGUUUUGGAUGAAUUUGUGUGUCUCCACUGUAACUUUGUGUAUUUGUCCAAAUAUUCUCUUUUGUUACUUUUUAAGUUGUGCAUUAAAAAGAACUUCAUUCUCGGAAGAUGUUUUUAUCUUGCACUUAAGGACAGUACGUAAUAUGCUACAGUACAAAAACUAACCUAUUCAGGACACAGCUGAGCCGUUUAGCACUAAAAUAGCUUGGAAAUCUGAUCUUUAGACUGUUAAAAUGUAAUCUCACUAGCAACUGUAUUUUUCAGCUUUAUCUUGGUGUCUGUCAGUUCCUAAAGAUUUAAAAUUAAGUUUAAAUGUACCAGCAUUUUUUGAGUCUGACUUCCCUCUGCCCAGGCACUGAAGACACGCUAAGUGUGCUACAUCUGUCCAACCUCAAGUUUGCUCCAGCGUCAUGUUCCAGGUCAUUUAAAUGGUCCAGAAGGGCCUGAGCACCAGGAACAGAAAAAUUAAAAGCAGUUUUGGGCUUCUCCCAUUUGUAGCUGCCUCUGGCCCUGGUAAUUUUGGCUACUGAUGGAGAUUAAUAAUGUAAGAGGGAGAGACUUUAAAAACAAAUUACUGGGAUCUAGCUUUAGAUCUUUGGCUUGCUCCAGAGUCUUCCAGGAUUCAGUGGCAAGCUACAUUGGGAGCCAUUUUGGGGUGCCCAGCAAACAUGACUACCAUGAAAUAAGGCCAAAGACUGUAAGUGCCCCUUUUCUGACAUGUUUAAAUGGUACUGUCUGGGUUUCUGGGGGUGCAGGCCAGAGGAUCCACCCACCAGGACAGCUCUGAAAAUACCAAAGCAGUAUUUACAACGUGCAGGCACUGUGACCUGGGGAGCUGCUAUUCUUUUCUUACCUGUGUACCAAGAAUGCUGGUUUCCUAGCUUCUAUGAGAGAAGCCUUUUUGCUCACAAAUAAUCAUAUUUGUCAAAGUUACCCUGUUUGCCAGUUUCUAAUGUUAAAAAAUUAAGCAUAUAAUAUUUUAUAUUUUGUUUAUGAGCAAUCUUACUGCAUAGCAAGAUAAUAGCAGUUACAACAAUCUGCCCAUGCCUUGUUUUGGAGUUUCAUAGUCCUAACUAGAGGUUGUGAAAAUGUUAAACACAGUGUCCUUUAAUUAUCUGAUUUCAGUGCUAAGUUGAAGGGUUUCCUUGACACACAAUCUGUCACCCUCCCAAUAAACAGCAUCAUUGUCACUAAGGUUUUAGUACAGUUGUUGGUUGCCAUGUCAAACUUUGAUCCCUAGAAAAACAUUUUGAGUUGCAGUACAUGAGAAUGAAGCACUAGUGCUUACCAGUGUGUCACCAUUUCAACUGUUGAGUGCGUGUUGUGCAACUGGUAUAAAAGUGACUUUCAUUUCUCUAGUUUGGUUUUUAACCAAUAAAUUAAGUCUAAUGGUAGCAAUGGGUGAUCCUUUUAUAUUUAUCAGCUGAAAAGGAUAAGAUUGUUAUAUAUGGUUACAGGAAGCUUUUGUUCCUGGGUUGGAGACCCAACAAUUGAGGGACAAUGUGAAGGUCAUCAUUUUAUUGAUUAUAAAGUGUAAGCUCAUUUUUAAACUUCACUUUAUCCCCAGGAACUGGUCAGUACUUGAGUACAGUGUACUAGUUCUGUUUUAGGACGCUUGUCUGGAAGUAUAUUCGUUUUGAGGUAUUGAACUAAUCCAUUUCAAUAUAUGAUGAGAUUGUUAUUUGCAGCGGGGAGACUGUGAGAUAUUUAUAUUAGUUGUACACUGUUUGUGUAGCCAGAAGUAAAAUGUGUAAAUGCUGGAACCUAAAAUAAUGGUAUACUUACAGGUCAACCAACAUCUGAGAAAUGAUGGAUCAAACUUUUCUCAGGCGCUGAGAGACCUGUGUAUCGUGCCAUUUUCUGUUUCUAUUUCACUGUGGUGUUUUUAUAGACUGCAUAAUGAUAUACUUCUCUAACCUAAAGAAGUUUCGAGGGAAACUUUUUUUUAAAAAGUUUAAACACUUAGAAGUACAACACAUACCUGCUGAAGUGAAGUAGACUGCAUGUUUUUGGCUAUAUGGAAAAAAUUCCUAAACUUUUGUUUUCUGAUUAGGAAAAAGGUAAAAGCCCAGUCCCUCAAUUCCUUUGUGUUUUUUUUAAACAAAACAUGCACAUAUUCUUAUAUACCUCAUGAAAAUGUGAAUAUGACAUUAGCAAUGAUGAACUGACUAUUCUGGAUCGACUAUCAAUUAUGAAUAAUCGCAAUCGUUGUACCUUGCUGAUUUGAUUUUUGCAAGCAGUUUUUUAACCUGUAGAUGUAACAUUUUGUUUAGUUUGAAGCCGUUAUUAAUUGGUUUGAGGACAGUAAAGUGUAAUCUUAAUAAAGAUGUGCUGCCUCAAAAAAGCUGACCCAUAGCGUGUUUAAAAUGCGUGAAUAUUGUGUUUUUAUACAAAUGUACGGAAUUCCAAGUGCAAUACUCCACUGUCUCUUUACAGUAGUUUUCUUGAUGGACUUAUUCGUAUACGUUUGUGUGUAAGUACGAUAACAGACCGUUAUUGUCUUGACUUUUUUUCUCCUGUGAUCAAUAUGAAUUGCAUUAUGUUGCUUUUAAAAACUGCUCCAGAGCCUUUGUACAUGUAUUAUAUUAUAAUUAUAUAUAUUUGUGUACUGGAGAAAAACUACUGUAAGUUUUGUACUGUCAUGGCUGAAGGUCUACUAAAAUAAACUUGAAAAACUCAGGAA